AUGACAAUUUCAGGUUUAUUAAAGAAUUUAAGUUUUAAAAAUAUUUCGAAUAAUAAAAUUCUUUUAAACAAUGAAUAUAUCUCAAAUAAUAGUAAUAAAUAUGGUAAACAAGAAUUAACAGAAAGAUUUUUUGGUGGUGGUGGUUUUUCAUAUAGCCCUAAAGGAUUAACCCCACAUUAA